UGUUGUUGUCCGUGUCUCCACCCCUCACCUGUUCCCAAUUAUCACCCUGUUUGUUUGACUGAUUUGUUUCUCCCUUGUUAAUUCCCCUUGUUUAGUUCACCCGUGUCUUGUUGUCUAGUUCCCCCUUUGGUAUUUAAGUUCAGUCUGUCUUGUGUUUCUUGUUGGUUCGUCAUUUUUAGCAUGGUCCUGGAUCAGCGGCUGGCUUUAGACAGGUGAUGAGAGGUGAAAGGAGGCAGGUGUGGAGCUGCACUGCAUGAAUGGGACGAGGAGAGGAGUGAGGAAGCAGGGGAGGCAGAGCCGCUCACACACACAAGUUGGGGAGGGCCUUUUGUGGUCUGUGUGUGUGUGUGUGCCUCCGGCUCUUAAUAAUCUGAAUCAGGCAGCUGUCCUUGCUCGCACACACUCUGUCCCUGAGUCCUUCCACACCGGAGCAGCAGCAGCAGUAGCAGGAGCAGUAGCAUGAGCAGCCCAGAGAAUAUACAGCGGGACUCCCCUCCCAGAAAGGACAUCGCCUUGGAGUCCACCAGCCUGGUCAGGGGCCCGUCAGGCAGGGAGCAGGUGACGUUCCAUCUGAUGCUGGCCGUAGGGACGGCUGUCAUUGGCUCCCUGCAGUUUGGCUACAACACUGGAGUCAUCAAUGCCCCUCAGAAGAUCAUUGAGGGUUUCUACAAUGAGACAUACUUUAACAGGUACUCCGAAUCCAUCCCUCCGUCCUCCCUCACCACCCUCUGGUCCAUAUCGGUGGCCAUCUUCUCCGUCGGGGGCAUCUUCGGCUCCUUCUCCGUGGGUCUGUUUGUCAACCGCCUGGGCAGGAGGAACUCGAUGCUCAUUGCCAACGUCCUGGCGUUCAUCUCCGCAGCCUUCUUUGGCUUCUCCAAACUGGCCGCCUCGUGGGAGAUGGUGAUCAUCGGCCGCUUCAUCGUGGGCCUCUACUCCGGCCUUUCCACAGGAUUCGUGCCCAUGUACGUGGGUGAGAUCGCACCCACCGACCUCCGGGGGGCGCUGGGCACGCUGCACCAGCUCGGUGUCGUCGUUGGCAUCCUCAUGGCACAGAUCUUUGGUAUGAAGUCCAUCAUGGGGAAUGCCACGCUGUGGCCCUUCCUGCUGAGUUUCACCUUCAUCCCUGCGCUGCUGCAGUGCAUGCUGCUGCCCUUCUGCCCCGAGAGCCCCCGCUUCCUGCUCAUCAACCAGAACGAGGAGGGCAAGGCCCAGGACGUGCUGCGUAAGUUGCGUGGGUCGGACGACGUGAAUACAGACAUGCAGGAAAUGAGGGAGGAGAGCAGACAGAUGAUGCGGGAGAAGAAGGUGACCAUCGCUGAGCUGUUCCGCUCGCCACUCUACCGCCAGCCCAUCCUCAUCGCCAUCAUGCUCCAGCUCUCCCAGCAGCUGUCAGGAAUCAAUGCCGUGUUCUACUACUCGACAGACAUCUUUGAGAAGGCAGGAGUCUCACAGCCAGUCUAUGCCACCAUUGGUGCUGGGGUGGUGAAUACCGCCUUCACUGUGGUCUCGCUGUUUGUGGUGGAGCGUGCCGGCCGCCGGUCGCUGCACAUGAUUGGCCUGAUGGGGAUGGCAGGAUCUGCCGUGCUUAUGACCAUCGCCAUGGCGCUGCUGGACCAGCUGAAGUGGAUGUCAUAUGUCAGCAUCGUAGCCAUCUUUUCCUUUGUGGCAUUCUUUGAGAUCGGGCCCGGUCCCAUCCCCUGGUUCAUCGUGGCCGAGCUCUUCAGCCAAGGCCCUCGCCCGUCAGCCUUCGCCGUGGCAGGCUUCUUCAACUGGUCCGCCAACUUCGUGGUGGGCAUGUGCUUCCAGUAUGUAGCGAAUCUGUGUGGGCCGUACGUCUUCAUCAUCUUCACUGUGCUGCUGCUCGGCUUCUUCACCUUCACCUACUUCAAGGUGCCCGAGACCAAGGGCCGCACGUUCGACGAGAUCUCGGCCGGCUUCCGCCAGUCGUCUGGACGCGAGAAAUACGCCUCGGAUGACUUCAACACCCUGGGCGCCGACUCCCAGUUCUGAGAGCGCACCCAGGGGAAAGGUGGUGGUGUGGAGGGUGUUCAUGCUGCUGUCCCUAACAACCCAACCCACCAACCCUUCACCCACCAACCCCCCAUUCCACAGAGGUGAUCACAUAACGAUGAGGAAUAGAGACUACUGUGUUUUAAAAAUGUAGAGGACUGUAGCCCCACUGGCUAGACUGAAGCAAUGUAUGUGUCUGAUGAGGAAGAGGGGAUGCAGACGGAGCUGAUGCAUCAGGAAGAAAGCGGGGAGAGGGCUAGAGAACGCGUCUGACUGUCUCCUUUCACCAAGGGAUGUCUUGUUUUUGUUUUGUUUGUUUUUUUGGUUCAAAAUGGGAAGGCACGUGUUUUAUGUGGUCCGUGUAUUUCUGUCUGUCUGAACUCUUUCAGCACAGGAGGGUCUGUACUGACAUUGUAUUUAUGCACUAGCGUAGUCCGAUCUCUGGUCCAAUAUAUUUCACUCCGCAGUAUUUUUAUAUGAGGUAACCAGGCUAAAAAUAGCUACUGAUAUAUUUAUACACAUAUUAUACGUGACUACCAGUCGUGGUAGUGAUGAAUCAGGGUAAUCAGAAUCAUUUGAAAUUGCUUCACUGGUGGAUUUGUUACAUAUCAGUCAUAACAGUGUCCAUAUUAGAAAUUAUAAUAAUGCUUUAUUUAUGACAAAAUGUUUAGACAUCUGAGUCUGCAUAGUAUUUUGUAACAUUUUGAGGGUUAUUACUUGUUAAUUUGAUGGUGUUUUCCCCCCCAGAAGAUAUUUACAUGUUAUUACACAAUCAUGAAGUAUUGCUGUUUUAAUUUUCAGAAAUCAUCAUGUUUACUUUAACCCCAGCUGAAAGACAAUGACAGAGGAAAUGUUCUUUCUUUGUGUCAGAAUGACUUUAUGAAUUCAUUGUAUUGGGGAUGCUGAGAAGCUAGUUAUGAACUUGACUGCCCUUAAACACUGGACAGAUAUAGCACAUGUUAAGAUUUGUUUCCAUAUACAUUUAAUGCGCUGUAACCUGUGAAAUUAUAAGCAGUAAUACGCGAUCAUUUGUGUAGAUAAAAGUAGACAAUACUGAAUGUAUGUGAAGACAGCAGAGCUGUCAGAGGAAACAAUGGACUAGAGGUAAUUAUCAUCUUUUGCACACAAUUGUUUUGUGUGUAGAGAUGUUCGGGUUAAUCACCACCAAUGGACCAAGGUGUCAUGUCUCUUUUCCCUGUCAUAGUAGUAUCACACAUUUUCUCUCAAUACUGUAGAUACAAAGCCUAAUAUAUUGGCCAUAUGGUCAUAUAUUUUCCAGAUGUAUGCAAAUUAUAUCUCAUAUUUAAAAUAUCAAUGAUUUAUUUAUUGACUUUAUUCUUUAACAUUUUUAGAUUGUCAUCACCAACCAGUUGUAUGUAUGUGUGCACACACUAUGAGCGGAGUAACUGAGUGUGUGUGUGUGUGUGUGUGUGUGUCUGUGUGUGUGUGUACAGUACUGCAAUGUUAUGUGUUUUGUUCUCCGUCUACGUCUUGGUCCAGACCUGUUCACGUGUUGGAAGGAAUACUGGGAAAGAGUACAGUACUCCAGGCACUGUGGAAUGAAUCAUGUUGAAACAUCUCUGGCUGUUAUCACAUGCAGAUCCAAGUAGUGAUACCCUUGCUGCCUGAAAGUUCCAUCUGCUGCAAGGACAAGUAGUGUGACAGGGAAGAAUCAUUCAUAAAUUACUGUAUUUGAAGGAUGAAAAUUGAUUAGUGACAUACAAAUUAGGUUUUUUGGGGGGGAGGGGGUGUCUGAAAAGGAAUAUGGGAGAAAAUGAUAUUAUCCUGUAAAACAAUGUGCCAAGACAUAUUACUGUCCUGACAGUUAUCAUUCUUUUGUAAGUCAAUGUAAUAUAAAUAGCAAUAACUCUAAAUAAAGACAAAUAUGUACAAA